AUGGCUGAGAAAAGGAGGCCAACCUGCAAUGGAAAACGUCAGCGCCGCGGGAUCCGCACCACAGCCUCCUCCCGCGACCACAGCGCAGGAAUCCGGCCGCUGGGCGCGGGGGCCGCGCAGCCCGCCACACGCUCGAGGACCAGCCCGGCUCCUCCAACAAGCCUUCCCGGGGUCACCACACCCCCUCGCCGGCGGGGGGCACCGGCUCCUCCAGGCCCGCGGUCGCCGCCGCCGGCCCAACCACAGCUCCCCCGGUCACCCGCGCUCGGCACCCUCCACCGCUCCCAGCGCCCCCCGCCGCCUCAGCCCCCCGAGCCCCGGCGCCGCCCGCCCCGCCGCCCACCGCCUCAGCCUCGGGGGGCGCCCCGGCCUUCCCCAGCCCGGCUCCCGGGCGCGCACAGCCCGCUCCCCUCCCCGGGCCGAGACCCCGCGGCUCGGAAGGGUCGCUCGCCGAGCUCGCCCGCCGGGGAGAGGGCGGGCGCGCCCCCGCCUCACGCCCGACCCCGGGGGGGGGGCCGCGACGCCCCGCUCACCUGGCUCGGGCGGCGCCUCCCUCGCUCGCAGCCGGCGGAGAAGGGCGGCCGGGCGGGCUGCAAGGGGGAGAGGGAGCCGGGGGGGAGGGGGCCGGGAUGCCGGGAGCCGCCUCCUUUCUCCGCCGUCGCCGCGGCUCCCGCAGCCAGCUUCUCCCAGGCCUCUUUCCCUACCUCCGAUCACCAUCAGACCCCCUCUGCUGGAGACAAAGACUCCAGAGAAAGGAAUGAGGAGAAAGACAAGCCUGAAAAAGAAUUUCGAUCAGGGAGACCGUGA